AGGUUCUCUUCUGAAACCACGAACCCAUGCCAAGCCAACUCUUACAACUCAAUAAAUAAUACUUACAACUCUCGAAAAAGACUCAUCAAUCGAUAACCUGUCCUACAGUACAUAUAUUGUCUCAACUACUUACCUAGUAAUACUACAUCGCAGUCAUGGCACAAGAUCCUUACGCUCUUAUGCAAAAGGUGACUACCCCACCAUCUGCUGCCCGAUAAGCUUCAUAUUGACCCUUUUCAACAGGCAGACAAAGCAGCUGCGGGAGCUUCAGGGGGAUUCAGUCUUUUCGGUGGACGACAAGAGAAGUGGGAGAAUGCAGCAGAAUUAUACAACCAAGCUGCGAAUGCGUUUCGCAUGCAAAAGCAAAGUAACACUUUCCCAAGUCUUUUCGUACCUCUACAUAUCUACUAACAUGACAUGUCUUUUCCUUAGACAAGGAGGCUGGGCAAGCAUUUGAGCGCGCUGCUGAUAUUCAAACGAACAAGCUCAACGAGCCCGACGAUGCUGCGAAUACGCUUACAGAAGCUUUCAAAGUAUACAAGAAGGGAGAUCCACUAGAUGCGGUUAGAUGCUUGGACGUUGCAAUCAAUCAUUACACAUCGAAAGGAAACUUCAGGAGGGCUGCCACGCACAAGCAGAAUCUAGCAGAGGUAUAUGAAAUGGAGGUUGGGGACAUGAAGAAAGCAAUCGAAAGCUAUGAAUUGGCUGCUAGCUGGUUUGAGGCCGAUAAUGCUGAGGCGUGAGUUUUGACUCCUAUUUUUCCCACAUAGGUAUCGGGUUAUUUACAAGCAUUUGCUGAUAUAUUCAUAGACUGGCCAAUAAGCUCUUCCUCAAGGUCGCCGACAUUGCCGCUCUCGACGGCGACUAUUACAAAGCCAUCGAUCAUUUUGAGAAGGUAGCUACAUCCUCCGUCUCGAAUAACCUUAUGAAGUGGUCGGUAAAAGAUUAUUUCCUCAAGGCCGGUCUGUGUCAUCUAGCUAUCGGCGAUACAGUGGCCACCGGGCGAGCUUUCGAAAAAUACAGAGAUAUGGAUCCAACAUUCCCAAGCACAAGGGAGCAUCAACUAUUAAUCGACCUCGCAGAAGCGGUUGAUCAAGGCGAUCAGGAACAAUUUGCGGACAAGUUAUUCCAAUAUGAUCAAAUGAGCAAGUUAGACAAGUGGAAGACGACCAUUCUGUUGAAGAUUAAGAGUGCAAUUGAGGAGAAGGGUGAUGAUUUCUCAUGAUUAAGCUUUAGACAAGUAGAACUUAUCUACGUGGGCUGGCGUUUGGGUAUUUUGGUUGGUAAUUUGAGGAGGCUUCGGAGAAAUAUGUCAUUAUAUUCUAAGCAUUUUUUUUUGGUGAAAAUAUAAGUACGAAAUCGAUAAGUUUGAGUGCCUUUUAAAAAAAGCGGUGGUUGCU